GAUUUAACAACAGGUGGCAUGUCGACCAAGUGCUUAAAGCCUGGCUACUGUCCCGACCCUCUGUGGGAGGAGCAGGUAGGGGGAGCCAGGGCUCAGUGUCAAAGGUUGUGUGAGGAGGACACGGAGUGUCCAGGACGACAGAGAUGUUGUACCGACCUGUACGGAUGUGGCCGACAAUGUCAAGACCCUCUUCCUGAGUACACCUGUGAUACCAAGAAAUGCGAGGAGGGUCAGUCGUGCAUCAUGGAGAGGACUAAAUGUAGCGGUGAAAAUUGUCUCGUGGCCACGUGCGUCAACGCAACCUGCAACCCACCAUGUGACAAAGAGCUCAACUGUGAGAUGGACGUGAACCCCACGUGUACCACAGGCAGCUGUCCGCUCAUCUCCCGCUGUCUGCCAAAACGACUAAUGUGUACACCUAUUUGCGAUGAAGGAUAUUCAUGUAUCCUGACUCAGCCACCUGGCUGUGCUUCACCACCCUGUUCCAAAGUAGCCAGGUGUCGACCCCGGUGCGACCCAAACCCUGGAGGCAUCAACACGUCCAGCUGUGCUGUGUGGGAUGUCUGCUCUCCCAAUCCACCCCCCGGUGUACAGCCAUGCCCCAAGGGUAGCAUCUGCUGUCGCACAAUAUGCGGGUACCGCUGUACCCCACCCUUACCUCUGUGAGACGUCUCCUGGGCCUGACCUGUGACCUCAGU